AAGCAGCGGUUCUGCACCUCAGACAUGUCCGACAGAGACCGUUCCCAGUUCAGUCUACUAGAGCUUUGGAGCUUGGAGCACCUGCUGGAGCAGCGCUGUUAAGUUAAGAAGAGUUGGGAAACCUGGAAUUGGAUCAUAUUUCAGUCGAUUCAGUCGGACUUGGCGAACUGGUUCCUCAAGUUCACUAAAUAGCUUCAAAAUAACGAUUCGUCCAGGAAGCGAUCAUCUGUAGUUGACUCACACCCACAUGACAUCGGUACCACUCUAUCAGAUGACUUCUGUAUAUUAGGAACCGCUUACUCGAGCAGACUCUGUCAGACCUGUGCAGACAUUUGAUAUUAUUUACAUUAGCUGCAUAAGUACUCAUAAGUGACCGUGUAAGGUACGCUAGGAGCAUGGCUUGUGCUCAGCGGUAUCUCAACAAAGUGGUCAUCGUUACUGGGGGCACUAGAGGCAUUGGAAGGGGCAUCGUUAAAGUGUUUGUGCAAAACGGAGCCAAAGUUGUGUUCUGCGCACAAGAGACUGAAUUGUCAGCUGGCCAGUCUCUUGAAUCUGUGCUGAAUCAGGAAGGACCCGGAUCAUGCACUUUUGUGUCAUGUGACGUGACAAACGAGGAUGACAUCAAGCGAUUAAUCAAUGUGACGGUUGAGAGGUUUGGACAAUUAGACUGUUUGGUGAACAAUGCUGGGUGGCACCCCCCUCACAAGACCACAGAUGAAACCACUGCGGAAGAGUUUAGAGACCUGCUUAAUCUGAACCUCAUCAGUUACUUCCUUGCUUCAAAGUAUGCACUGCCGUAUCUGCGUAAAACACAAGGAAACAUCAUCAAUUUGUCCAGCCUUGUCGCCUCAAUAGGUCAAAAAGACGCGGCUCCCUAUGUGGCAACCAAGGGGGCCAUCACUGCCAUGACUAAAGCAAUGGCUGUGGACGAGAGUCGCUAUCAAGUGAGAGUGAACUGCAUCUCUCCAAGCAAUAUAAUGACGCCUCUGUGGGAGGAGCUUGCAGGCCACACAGAAGAUGCUGCUGCCACUUUUAAGGGAGGAGAAAAUGCUCAGUGGUCCAAUCCGGAACGCAGAGAUCAGUCAGUCCCGGGCUGCUGCUCCCACUCGGACUCGUUUACCAUUCAUCACACCGCAGCUAUGGCAGCGAUCAGGACGGCACUGAAUGGACGCUUUCUCCAGCCUCUCUCCCUGUCAUGUGGGUCGUUGCGAUUCGUCAGUUCUUCCUUUAAGGCUGCAGACCUUACCAUAGAGAGGAACCCUGUACUGAAGCCAAAGCCAGACCCCUCAACCCUGGUGUUCGGCAAGCAGUUUUCAGACCACAUGCUGACAGUCAGCUGGUCUGCAGCAGGAGGAUGGGAGGCACCUCAGAUCAAGCCCUUCCAGAAUCUGUCCCUUCACCCUGCUUCCUCCGCCCUGCAUUACUCCAUAGAGCUAUUUGAGGGCAUGAAGGCUUUCCGCGGAGUAGAUAACCGCAUCCGUCUCUUCAGGCCUAUGCUGAAUAUGGAGCGCAUGUACCGGAGCACGGAGAGGAGCUGCCUGCCUUUGUUUGAUAAGGACGAACUGAUAAAGUGUAUCAAUAAGCUGAUUGAGGUCGACCAAGAAUGGGUUCCUUACUCCACAGACGCCAGCCUGUACAUCAGACCAACCUUUAUAGGAACUGAACCUUCUUUAGGUGUGUCUCGAGCAGGUCAUUCUUUGCUCUUUGUCAUUAUUGGGCCCGUUGGACCUUAUUUUGCAACUGGAGGCUUUAGUCCAGUGUCAUUGCUGGCAGAUCCUCGAUAUGUCCGGGCCUGGAGGGGCGGCGUUGGAGAAUACAAGAUGGGAGGUAACUACGGGCCGACGAUUGCGGUUCAGAGCGAGGCGGCCAGGCAGGGCUGCCAGCAGGUCCUCUGGCUGUACGGAGAGAAUGAGGAGAUCACUGAGGUCGGAACCAUGAAUCUCUUCAUCUACUGGACCACAGAGAAAGGAGAGAAAGAGUUGGUCACCCCUCCACUUGAUGGCGUCAUUCUUCCAGGAGUCACCCGGCAGUCACUGCUAGACCUUGCCAGAGAAUGGGGGGACUUCAAAGUGACAGAGCGCAGAGUUUUAAUGAAGGAGCUGAUAGACGCUUUAGAUGACGGACGGAUUCUGGAGGUGUUCGGUUCGGGCACUGCAUGCGUGGUGUGUCCAGUUGGCAGUCUGCUCUACAGAGGACAGACUUACCAAAUUCCCACAAUGAAGAACGGUCCGGACCUUGCUAAGAGAUUCCAUAAGGAGCUCACCGACAUCCAGUAUGGACGCACUCAGAGGGACUGGGCGCCAGUGAUCGUCUAACGAUCUGAAGCUGGUUUCAUGUCUAAAACCUCUCAUCUCAAGUGUUUGUGUGUAGACUAAAGAGACGGGUGUUAUUCUACAGUAACAACCUUUCUGAACAGAAAACCACCUAUUACAUGUAUGCAGUCUUUCUAAAUGACCUUACAUACUUGCUUGGAUAUCCAUAUGGCACAAUUUGUAGCACUAGAGAUCGUCUUUAAACUUGAGCACAAGCGUCAUAAGCCAUAUAUAAGCAACUAUAGGCAACAAGCAAGUAUGUUCUCCUUACAAUAGUUACUGAUCCAAUCUUUAAGCUUUUUUUUCUUGUUUUACCAACAAGUCAUGCUUUUGCUGUUUCCUUUUUGUCUCCUAAAAUGUUAUUUUCUACAACCUUCAUCCGUAUUAACAUUUCAAAUUUCAUAUCGUGGGAAUGGUGCUAUGAAAUCAGGCAGUUGAGAAGGAUCAGACUUCUGCACAUAAUCAUUUUAAUGUAAAUGUUCAUUGACGUUCAUGAGCUGCUUGUUUGUGUAACGCAAGAGAUCAGAUGUCCUAAUUUUCUUUCUUACUGACAAGAGGACAGACAUUCAUUCAUUUUGCAUUAAACAGUUGUUUAAUAUAGAAGACACUAAAUUGUGUAAAUGGUUGUAUAUGUCUAUCUAGAGAAGAACAAGGACAGUGUGUUAUCGCCAGAUUUAGAUGAUUUAAAACCAUGAGCUGAACUUAUGCACGCACAAAGGGCUUCAGGACGGCCCGGACAUAGCAGCUCUAGAGACCACUAGAAAAGUCUUGAUGUGAUCAUUACUCGGCUCUGUGUGUGUUAUCUAUAUGAUAUAUUUGGAACAACAGUGUGACCUAUAUGUACAUGUGUUUGUGAAAUAUGUAAUGUUCACUGAACAUGUAGAAUGUAUCGGUUUUAACUUAUUCCUGGUGUUGUUUUAAUGGCUAGAAUACCUAUCGGCUCAUUGUGAACCCUCCUCGUUUCAGUUUUUCCCCUUCAUUUUUAAUGUGUUUUAAUCCAUGCACUCCACAUCUCUUCUGUCUAAGUGCCUGAUGGAGUUGGCUGUAUCUUUCACAUUUGUCAUUAUUGUGGUGAGGGGGCUGCUGCAGCACUCAUGAUUGGUUUGUUUUGUUUGAAGGGUUUUCGAAGUAGAUGUCUUUACUUUUCCUGUUACUGUAUUUUUACAAAUAAAUUUAGUUUGCAUCCAAA